UCUCUGACUGCCGCGCGCAAACAUCGGAAGCUGUGCAAUCCGCGCACUCCGAUCCGGAGUGAGUGGACAUCCUCCACUUUGAGGGAUUCCACACUGGGCAGCCGCGAAUUGGUGCCGCGCCUUGCCACGUGCAGCGGGAACGCACUGGAAGCACCUCCACCCAAACCUCCCUGGCCUCUCAAAAAAUUGGCCCCGCUCACCCUGUGUGGGCAUGACGCAUGAAUCAGCUCGUUGGCAGUACAAAAAUCUCGGUGGCACCGCUCACCACCUCUCAUUCACCCACCACCCCCUCCCAUCAUCAUGACUGAGCAGAAGGAGAAUCUCUUCCCGACAAUCAGCGACGUCGCUGCCCACACCGACAAUGUCGAGGAUGCCGACGAGGACACCAAGGCGAUCCGCGAGGUUGAAUCGCUCUGCAUGCGUUGCCACGAGUCGGGCGUCACCCGCUUCCUUCUCACUACUAUCCCGUACUUCAAGGAGAUUGUCGUGUCGUCCUUCAUGUGCGACAACUGCGGCUACCGAGACACUGAGGUGCAGCCGGCAGGCGAGAUUCAGCCCAAGGGUUGCGCAUACACCGUGCACAUGCGCUCGCGGGCCGACCUCGACCGCCAGCUCGUCAAGUCAAAUUGGGCGACCGUGACAAUCCCGGACUUCCAGCUUACGAUCCCUCCGGGGCGCGGCCAGCUCACCACCGUCGAAGGCAUCAUGCGCGACACCGUGCGCGACCUCGCGAUGGAGCAGCCCGUGCGCCGCAUCAUGGACAAGGAGACGGCUGACAAGAUCGACACGCUCCUUGCACCGCUGCGCGAUGCACUUGGCAUGGAGGAGGGAGACGAGGAUGGUGAGGUUGGGCGCGACGGUCCCGCUGUUAUGCACGAGAGCGAGCACGCCGACAAGCCGUUUAAGCCGUUCACCAUCACCGUCGACGACCCCAGCGGUAACUCGUUCCUUGCCUUCAAGGACUCGACCAACGACCCGCAGUGGAACUUGCGCGCAUACAACCGCACUUUCGAGCAGAACGUGCAGCUCGGCUUGGUCGCACCCAAGGAGGAGGGGACUGAGGAGACGACCAAGAUUGCCAGUGCCGACGAGUUCUACCAGCGUCACCGUCCCAAUGUUGUUGAGCACGACGUCCCGGUUCCUGAAGAGGUAUUCUCCUUCCCCGCCACAUGCAGCUCGUGCGGGCACGAGCUUGAGACGCGCAUGAAGCAGAUCAACAUCCCCUACUUCGAGGAGGUCAUCCUCAUGUCUUCGACAUGCCCCACCUGUGGUUACAAGGACAACGAGGUUAAGAGCGGCGGCAAGAUCAAGCCGUUGGGCAAGAAGAUUACUCUCAAAAUCGAGGCGGGUGACGAGGACGCGCUCUCACGCGACAUCCUUAAGAGCGACAGCUGUGGCUUGGAAAUCCCCGAGAUUGAUCUCGUCCUCCAGCCCGGCACACUCGGCGGCCGCUUCACCACUGUUGAGGGCAUUCUGAACGAAAUUUACGACGAGCUUUCAACCAAGGUGUUCCGCACCGGCGACUCCGCCACGGCCGGUCACGGUCAAGGCGCGCUUGGCGAGGCGAUUGUCGCCGGCGACCGCAACUUUGAGCAGUUCCUCCAGGGGCUCAAGGACGUCAUGGCCGUCGCGCACGACUUUACUCUCAUCCUCGACGACCCCCUGUCCAACUCGUACCUCCAGAACACAAAUGCGCCCGACCCGGACCCGGACAUGACUAUCGUUGAGUACGAGCGCACCACGGAGCAGAACGACGAUCUCGGCAUCAGCGACAUGAAGGUCGAAGGGUACAACCCCGAGAUCAAGGACAAGCUCUGAGCGCCUUGACCGACGGUCAUGUCCGCGCCGCAUUGCCUCCUUUGUCAUAUUGUCAGCCAGUCAAGACUUCACUGCAAGUGCAUUGCACAUUAGGUAUAAUAUAGAAACGCUAGACGCCUGUUGUAUCAUGCAUGGAUGCGUGUCA